AAAAAAAAAAAAAAGAGUGUCUUAAGGUUCAGGUCAUGAUCUCACAGUUGUGGGUUCAAGCCCACGUCAGGCUCUGUGCUUAUCAAUCUGAUGGGUGUUCGAGAGCAGCCACUGUGGGGACCCUUGAAGCAGGGGAAUUUUAUUCUCCUGAACAGGUUACUGUUUCAGCCAGAAUAGAGAGACCAGGUGAGGUUUUAGGCAAGUAACACUGCAACACCCUGUGCGCCAGGCUCUGCUCAGCACAUGGUGUGCGUUACCUUGUUCAGUCUUCCCGCAGCCCCAUGAGGCAGGUGCUGUUCCUAUACGCCCUUCACCCAGCGAGAAAACUAAGGUUCAGAGAGGUGAUGUGCUUUGACUGUGGAAACACAAUCAGUAGCCACAGUGGCCAGGAUAUGGCAGCUGGAGCUGAGAUGGGAGGGAAAAAAAGUCCUAAGCCAAAAGUCCAACCAUGGCUUCCUAGCUUUGUGGCCUUCAGUAGGCCAGUUUGCCUCCCGACCCUCAAGUUUCCACACCUGUAAACAGGGCCGGUUCCAGGGGUUCGGCUAGGUAGUUUUCAGACUUGGAAAUGCUGCUGGUGAAGCCCAGCUUAGAGCCCGCUGAGCUCAGAGGUCAGCGCUGUUCACGGGGCGAGUGCUGACUCGGUUGUGUGGGGCAGACACUGCAGGGCAUGGCCAGGGAUGCUCUGAGUUCUGUUUUCCCCUCCAGGAGGCAACCGCAAGGAAGGGGAGAGGGGCAUGGAGAGCCUGCGAUCGCUCUCCGGUGGGUGCACUGCUGAGCUGGCCUGGCUGAGGCCGAGUAGGCCACGGGGCAGCCAGGAAGGGAGCGGCUGCUCAUGGAGGGGGUUGGAUUCAGAACUGCUCCUGUUACCCCAUGUCGCAGCCCUGGCGACGCAGAGCUGGGACCGGCCUUUGAGGUCAUCUCUCUUGGCCUCCUCAACCUCAAGGUGGGGAAACUGAGCCUCUAGAGAGGAGAAGUGCAUGGCUAAAGCCCCAUGGUGACGCUGGGCAGACUGGGGGCCAGAAUCCAGCAAAGCAGAAGGGUGUUCAGGCCACUGGAGAGUCACCUCUGUGAGCAGAGGCACGGCUGCCCUUUCAGCACUGUGUCCCUCACUCCUGGUGCAUCAGGGGCGCUCAAAAAAGAUUUGUUGAGUGUGUGAGGAUAGUAGGAAAACACACCCCCAGGGAGUCAGACAGCCUGGAAUUCGGUGUCUGCUCUGGGCCAGCUUUACUUCUCUGGGCAAGUUUGCUUCACUUUGCUGAGCUCGGUUUCCCAAAUUGAGAUCACAGACCCAACUGGUAGGUGCCUGAGCAGGGAUUGGAACCCAGAGCUGCUAGAUUCCAGGCCUGAUUUAUCACUAUACCUUCCUGAUACUUUUAUAUACUUGUUUCCCCUUUCUUUCUUUCUUUCUUUCUUUCUUUCUUUCUUUCUUUCUUUCUUUCUUUCUCUCCUUCUCUCCUUCUCUCCUUCCUUCCAAAAAUAUUUAUUGAGUACCUGCUAUGUGCCAGGCACUGUUCUAGUCUCCAUGGAUACAGAAGUGAACAAGAUAGGUGAGGCCCUGGCCUCAGGGAAUUUAUAUCUUAGAAGAAGGUAAUAGUAAGCAAGUAAACAGGACAGGAAUAGCAUAUGUACCCAGAAGGGACUGUAAUGGGGUGUGAGUGGUGUCAGGGGAGGGCUGUGUCAGAUAAGGGGCUCAAGGAAGAUGACAUUUCGUGUGACACCUGAGAAGAACCAGCCAGGCAGAGGGCCUGAAGAAACAAUUCAGUAAAACAGGCCUCAGACUUGCAGAAGGCGCCAUGAGGAGGGCAUGGAAGGAGAGAAGUUAUCAAAGCACCCCAGAUGGCCUCAGAGGGCCAGGAAGGACGACACGGCCCUUGGGGAUGACCGCACCCUGGGUCGCGUUUGGGUCUCUCCGUCCAACUGCCUCUGCCCUUCCAGGUGAAGCAGAUCAUGGAGGAGGCAGUCACACGGAAGUUCGUCCACGAGGACAGCAGCCACAUCAUCUCCUUCUGUGCGGCUGUAGAGGCCUGCGUCCUGCAUGGGCUGCGGCGGCGGGCGGCUGGCUUUCUGCGCAGCAACAAGAUUGCAGCUCUCUUCAUGAAAGUGGGCAAGAACUUCCCACCGGCCGAAGAGCUGAGCCGCAAGGUGCAGGACCUGGAACAGCUGAUGGAGAGCGCGCGAAACCAGAUUCAGGGCCUCCAGGAGAAUGUGCGGAAGCUGCCGAAGCUGCCCAGCCUGUCCCCACUUGCCAUCAAGCACCUGUGGAUCCGCACUGCUUUGUUUGAGAAGGUCCUGGACAAAAUUGUGCAUUACCUGGUCGAAAACAGCAGUAAAUACUAUGAGAAGGAAGCCCUCCUGAUGGACCCGGUGGAUGGCCCCAUCCUUGCAUCUUUGUUGGUGGGGCCCUGUGCCCUGGAGUACACCAAGAUGAAGACUGCCGAUCACUUCUGGACUGACCCCUCGGCCGACGAGCUUGUCCAGAGGCACCGCAUCCACAGCUCGCACCUGCGGCAGGACUCACCCACCAAGCGUCCAGCCCUCUGUAUCCAGAAGAGACAUUCAAGUGGCAGCAUGGACGACCGACCAUCCCUUUCUGCCCGUGACUAUGUUGAGUCCCUGCACCAGAACUCCCGGGCCACGCUCCUCUAUGGCAAGAACAACGUUCUGGUUCAGCCGAGGGAUGAUAUGGAGGCCGUGCCAGGGUACCUGUCUCUACACCAGACAGCUGACGUCAUGACCUUGAAAUGGACGCCUAACCAGCUGAUGAACGGGUCGAUGGGGGACCUGGACUAUGAGAAGAGCGUCUACUGGGACUAUGCUAUGACCAUCCGCCUGGAGGAGAUUGUAUACCUGCACUGCCACCAGCAAGUGGACAGCGGUGGGACAGUGGUGUUGGUCAGCCAGGACGGGAUCCAGAGGCCGCCGUUCCGCUUCCCCAAGGGGGGGCACCUCCUGCAGUUCCUCUCGUGCCUGGAAAAUGGGCUGCUCCCUCACGGGCAGCUGGACCCUCCACUCUGGUCUCAGCGGGGGAAGGGCAAAGUAUUUCCCAAACUGCGCAAGCGAAGCCCUCAGGGUUCUGCCGAGUCCACGUCUUCGGACAAGGAAGAUGACGAGGCCACAGAUUACGUGUUCAGGAUCAUCUAUCCCGGCAUGCAGUCUGAAUUCGUUGCUCCCGACCGCUUGGGCAGCACUCCCCCAGUCUCCGUGAGCCUUGCCUGGACGGUGGUUCCUGCCGGCCGGUCGGUGCUAGUGGUGGCCAGGGGCAGUCAGUGGGCGCGAGCCAGAUGGGAUGCCACCUUCCCCAUGCCGGGUCCGAAGCAGCAGCCCCCCACCCCCCAGGACCUGAUGGAUGUCUCCGUGAGCAACCUACCACCCUUAUGGCAACCCAGCCCCCGGAAAUCCUCCUGCUCAUCCUGUUCACAGAGUGGCUCCGCCGAUGGUGGCUCAACCAAUGGCUGCAACCAUGAGAGGGCUCCCCUGAAGCUCCUCUGUGACAAUAUGAAGUACCAGAUCCUUUCCAGAGCCUUCUAUGGAUGGCUUGCCUACUGCAGACACCUGUCCACUGUGAGGACCCACCUGUCAGCCCUGGUCAAUCACAUGAUCGUGUCUCCAGACUUGCCCUGUGAUGCCGGACAUGGGCUGACGGCCAGGAUCUGGGAGCAGUACCUUCAGGACAGCACAAGUUACGAGGAACAGGAGCUUCUACGCCUCAUCUACUAUGGAGGCAUCCAGCCGGAGAUCCGCAAGGCCGUGUGGCCCUUCCUCCUGGGCCACUACCAGUUCGGGAUGACAGAAACAGAAAGGAAGGAGGUGGACGAGCAGAUUCACGCGUGCUACGCACAGACCAUGGCUGAAUGGCUGGGCUGUGAGGCCAUCGUGCGGCAGAGGGAGCGGGAAUCCCACGCGGCGGCCUUGGCUAAAUGCUCAUCAGGGGCCAGCCUGGACAGCCACCUGCACCGGCUGAUGCACCGGGACUCCACCAUCAGCAAUGAGUCCUCCCAGAGCUGCAGUUCAGGCCGCCAGCACGUCCGCCUGCAGAGUGACUCCAGCAGCAGCACACAGGUGUUUGAGUCUGUGGACGAAGUGGAGCAGGUGGAGGCAGAAGGCAGGUUGGAGGAGAGACAGCCCAAGAUCCCCAACGGGAACCUGGUGAAUGGCACCUGUUCCCCGGACUCCGGCCAUCCGUCAUCCCACAACUUCUCCUCGGGCCUCUCGGAGCCCUCGGAACCCAGCCUGAGCACGGAGGACGGUGUCAUGGACGCCCAGCGGAAUGCCCCUCUGGUGCUUCGACCUGGGGACAGCAGCGUGGAUGACGGGCAGAGCAGUGAGGCCACCACCUCCCGGGAUGAGGCCCCCCGCGAGGACCUGGCCGUGCAGGACAGCCUGGAGAGCGACCUCCUCGCCAACGAGAGCAUGGACGAGUUCAUGUCCCUCACUGGCAGCAUGGACGUGGCCCUGCCCGGAAAGGAGGGGGCCGCGAUGGAGGGCUGGGGAGACAGUGAGGUGCGGAAGCACAGCCGUGUGGACAGUGAGGACAACCUCUCAGAGGAGCCCGAGAUGGAAAGUCUCUUCCCCGCCCUGGCCUCUCUGGCCGUGGCCACUUCUGCCAACAACGAGGCGUCCCCCGUGUCUUCCAGUGGCGUCACUUACUCUCCGGAGCUCCUGGACCUGUACACCGUCAACCUGCACCGCAUCGAGAAGGACGUGCAGCGCUGUGACCGCAACUACUGGUACUUCACGCCCGCCAACCUGGAAAAGCUGCGGAACGUCAUGUGCAGCUACAUCUGGCAGCACAUUGAGAUCGGCUAUGUCCAGGGCAUGUGUGACCUCCUGGCUCCACUGCUGGUCAUCCUGGAUGACGAGGCCCUGGCCUUCAGCUGCUUCACGGAGCUUAUGAAGAGGAUGAACCAGAACUUUCCCCACGGGGGCGCCAUGGACACGCACUUUGCCAACAUGAGGUCGCUGAUCCAGAUUCUGGACUCCGAGCUCUUUGAGUUGAUGCAUCAGAACGGGGACUACACUCACUUCUACUUCUGCUACCGCUGGUUCCUGCUGGAUUUCAAGCGAGAACUUGUCUACGAUGACGUCUUCUCUGUCUGGGAGACCAUCUGGGCAGCCAAGCACGUCUCGUCCGCCCACUACGUCCUGUUCAUCGCGCUGGCUCUGGUGGAGGUCUACCGUGACAUCAUCUUGGAGAACAAUAUGGAUUUCACAGACAUCAUCAAAUUCUUUAACGAAAUGGCUGAGCGGCACAACACCAAACACGUCCUGAAGCUGGCCCGGGACCUCGUGUACAAGGUGCAGACUCUGAUUGAGAACAAGUGA